AUGAAGGCCUUGUAUUGUCAGCAGAAUUCACCUGGAGAGGAAAUGACAUUUGUCUUCCAGGAAAGAGAAAACCUUCCUCCUACAAGAGACAAUGAUGUGAAAGUACAAGUUAGAGCCUGUGCACUGAGCUGGAUAGAUACAAAGCUUCUGUCAGAAAUUAAACUGGAGAAGGAGCUUCUACCUGUUGGUCGAGAAAUUUCUGGAGUUGUAUUGGAAGUUGGAAGAAAGGUGACCUUUUUUCAGCCAGAUGAUGAAGUGGUGGGAAUUUUGCCCCUGGAUUCUGAAGAGUCUGGUCUUUGUGAAGUUGUUCUAGUUCAUGAGCAUUACUUGGUUCGUAAACCAGAAAAAGUUUGUUGGGUUGAAGCAGCUGGGACUGUUCGUGAUGGUGUCCGAGCAUACACGGCUUUACACUACCUUUCCCAAGUCUCUCGUGGAAAAACUGUCCUUGUAAUGGAUGGAGCAAGUCCAUUCGGUACAAUAGCUAUUCAGUUAGCACAACACAGAGGAGCUAAAGUAAUCUCUACUGCAUACAGUAUUGAAGAUAAGCAGUAUCUGGAGAGGCUUAGACCUCCUGUGG